AGCUUCCCAUCUGGAGAGAGAGAGAGAGAGGGGGCAGCAGAGUGGUUCCGGGAGGGUCCCACACUCGACACUUUCAUUCUGCCCCGGUUGGACUCCGGACCCCGGCUGCUGGGUUCAACGUCGCGCCACGACCUCGCCAUGCCGUGGGGGCGGCGGCGAGAGCCGCGCGGCGUUUCGCGAUCGCCGCUGUUCGUCUCCUUCCUCCUGCUGCUGCUGCUCCUGCUGCUGCUGUCUCUCGCCUGCUGCUGCUGCGGACAGCUCGUGGCAGGUGCUGAAGUUGGCGAGCGGAUGAACUCCCAGGGCUUGGUGACUGGGGAACCACAGAGAUGGGACGUCACGGUUCCAUACCGGCUCAUUGGACGGGACAAGCGGAAGGUCGCGGAUGCCACCGCGGGCGGACGGCACCCAGAAAGGGUUCGAUACAUAAUUGAGGCGGAGGGGACUCAGUACAUCUUGUCUCUUCAACGCAACAGUUUAUUGUUUUCGGGAGAUGCCGAAUUUUCACGCCUCGUCAACUCCAACAAUGUCCACGGAAACAGGAGCGAGCACUGCUUCUACCAGGGCCACGUCGAGGGGCACGGGGGCUCCGCUGUGGCUCUGAGCACCUGCCGUGGGCUCAGGGGCCACUUCAGCGUGGGGGACGUGAGCUACGGGGUGGAGCCGUGGGGGGGGGCUGGCGUGGCGGGGGAGAGGGUGGGGAGCCUCCACCGCGUCUUCCGUCUGAGCGACGCGUUCCCCGCCUCGAACUCCUCCUCCUCCGCUUGCGGCGUCGUCCACCCGGAGGAGCCCACGCUGCACCACGACCCGGCGCUGGAGCGGCUCGGGGGCCAGCAGCAGCUCCACUUCCGGAGGAAGCGGAACGUGCUGCCCAGCACACGCUACGUGGAGCUUCUCUUCAUCCUGGACAACACCCUGUACACUGGACAAUAUCAAUCCAACAAGACGCUGGCAGUUCACGACAUGGCCGAGCUGGCCAACCUGGUGGACUCGUAUUACCGCGUGCUGGACAUUCGGGUGGUGCCCGUGGGGGUGCACGUCCUCUCGGCCCAAGAGGAGGCGGCGGUGAUGGCGGAGGGUGACUCGGCGGGGACCGUGCUCGGCAAGUUCCUCAAGUGGCGGGAGAGCAACCUGGACUCGAUGAAGCGGCACGACAACGCCCAGCUCAUCACCGCACGGCAGUUUCAGAGUAUCCUGGGCAUGGCGUACGUGGGAACGGUCUGUCUACGAGCAACAUCUGGCGGAAUCAACACGCUGGUGGGGAGCAGUGUGCUGAUGACGGCGUCCGUGCUGUCCCACGAGCUGGGACACAAUCUGGGCAUGAGCCACGACGACAACCGCACCUGCAGCUGCGCCGCCGAGCACGGCUGCAUCAUGGGGGCGGUCAUGGGGUCGCCACCGGCGACGGUGUUCAGUGGCUGCAGCGAGGACGACCUGGAGGGGCUGGUGAACGGGGCCACCUGCCUGCUGAACGUGCCCAAGGCGGACGAGGCCUUGCGUCCUCCCGUCUGCGGGGACAAGAUGCUGGACGCCGGCGAGGAGUGCGACUGCGGCUCCCCCGAGGAGUGCGACAACGAGUGCUGCGACGCCCGCACCUGCCGGCUGCGAUCUGGAGCGCGCUGUGCCUACGGCUCCUGCUGCAAGGACUGCCAGUUUGUGGGCCAGGGCGAGGUUUGCCGAGCGGCCCAGGGCGUGUGCGACCUGCCCGAGUUCUGCUCCGGCUCGGCCGCCUCCUGCCCGGACGACUCGUUCCUGCAGAACGGCCACCCCUGCCAGAACGCCGCCGCCUACUGCUACAACGGCGUCUGCCAGACGUACACGUCGCAGUGCGAGGCCAUCUGGGGCCCCGAAUCAAAUCCUGCUUCUGACGAAUGCUUCUUGACCGUCAACACAAAAGGCAACGAGUUUGGCAACUGUGGAACGGUCCCCAGUGGCAAGUACAAGUCCUGCUCCCGCAGGGACGUCAAGUGCGGGAAGCUGAUCUGUGAGAGCAAGAACAAUCAGCCGCUCAUCGGCCACACGGUGCCAAACUUCGCCUUCUAUGGCCAGUGCCGGGCGGUGGAUUACAACCUGGGCAGCGACGUUCCCGACCCGGCUCUCGUGCAGUCCGGCACCAAGUGCGCCGACGGCAUGGUGUGCUUCAAUCAACAAUGUCAAGACGCAAGAGUGUUAAACUAUUCUAUUGACUACACGAGCAUAUGCAAUGGCCAUGGGGAACACAACAACCACAAGCACUGCCACUGCGCGGAGGGCUGGGCUCCGCCAGACUGCUCCUCCACGGGAUGUGGGGGCUCCAUAGACAGCGGCCCCACCUGCAAGAAGCGCAGCAGGCUGUGGCCGCUGUCGGUGACGCUGCUUAUCGUUGGAGGAAUAGCCAUCUACCUUUACAGGAGAUAUUACAGCAACAAAAAAAGAUCUCAAAACAAUGCUCAGCAGCUUAACCCAGAACCACCUGCGGGGUCUACCCACGCACCGCAGAAACCUUGGAAUGCACCAGCAGCGCCCACGGACUGGGACAGCCACCCCUCGACCACCGGACCUUCUUGGAACGACCCUCCCAGCCGCCCUCCUAGACCAAAAGCUCCCGCGGUUGGACGUACAGCUAACGCGCACACUCCCAGCCAACCGUACGCAGUGCCCGACUACUGGAGCCAGGCAUCGGAUGGUGACAUUUCAAGUGGACCUUUGAACAAGUACUGAAUAUUCCCAACGUUGCCUCUGAAAAUACCUACAGUUGACUAAUUGGCGAGUGACUGACAGCACUUAUCACAGCAGUGGGACAGAUGCAUCACUUACGAAUCACUCCUAUCAGUUGGGGUUGUGCUGCUCAUUGCCCGAUACCAUGUCCAGGUUUUGGCAUCGUAGCACAACUGCAAAAAACCUCCACGCUUGUAUAACUUUUCGUUCAAGACUAUCAUCAAUGAUUUCAAUAGUGUACACAUUCUACCUGUCAUCCUUUUCACGUCCCGUUCAGAAGACUACAUUUGCAUGCUUAUUCUCAGAAAAAUAUAUUUAUCCACAUUUCAAUGUUUUUAAAAGCGUACCUCGGCUCUCUCCCUUGCAUAUACAUCUUAUGCCUGUGACAAAUAUUACUCGCGUUGAAUAUUCUCUUAUACCUCUCUUCUCCUGGACAAAUGAGCCAUGCCAGGGCUGUGCCAAGCCAGACUGGCACAGCUCAAAGAGGCACAAGGUUAUUUCCCCAACAGAAUCGGAAUAUGUAUUCAUACUGGAGGAAUCCGAUGAGCUAUAAAGCUCUCUUUGCAAUGUCCAGUCGGGGCGGGUAACAACGUUACAACAAAACAAAAAAACACGACAGGAGUUCAAAGUAU